GAAGAACCAUCAUGACACAUCAAUGGGUGAAGUUGUGGAUCUCUUUCCUCUACGGUUUAUCUGCUGCUUACUCUGAUUCUGUUAAUAUGAUUCCAAUGACUGGGAAGAUACCAGUGAUCACAGUUGGUGUGAGUCAAUCCCACAACAGGCAGGUCUGCAGCACGUGGGGUAACUACCACUACAAAACCUACGAUGGGGACUUCUUCCAGCUGCCCUACACCUGUAACUACGUGUUGACUUCACUGUGCAAAAGCAGAAGCGGCUACGAGGAGUUCAACAUUCAGCUGCAGCGUGAAGAGGUGGACGGUCAGGCCACCAUCCAGAAGGUCUCUCUGAAGCUGGAUGGGACCUUCGUGGAGCUGACUCAAAGUAGCAUCAAUGUCAAUGGGAAACAGGUCACGUUACCAUUUGGUCAGUUUAAUAUCUUCAUGGAGAGGACCAACUCCUAUGUGAAGAUCACAGCCAAGCUGGGUUUAGUCAUCAUGUGGAACGAAGAUGACGCUCUCUCGGUGGAGUUAGACUCAAAGUUCCAGAAUCAGACCUGUGGGCUAUGUGGAGACUUCAAUGGAGUCCAACUUUAUGAUGAGUUCAUUGUGAAUGGAUUUCAAAUGAAGUCAAUUGACUAUGGUGAGCUUUCAAAGAUGAAUGGCCCAACAGAAACUUGCAUAGAAGUCCCACUUCAGGCUGAAAAUUGUGAAGAGCAGAGGACAGCGUGUGAGGGGUUUCUCACCAGUUCAGCCUUCAGUAGCUGUGAAGACCUGAUUUCCACUGACUCCUUCGUCGAGGCCUGCAUGGCAGACAUGUGUCACUGUGGUAACAGCAACAACAGUGGGUCCUGCAUGUGCCAUACCAUUUCAGAGUAUUCCCGCCAGUGUGCUCACGCAGGGGGCGUGCCCCAGGUGUGGAGGACAGACCAGUUCUGCUUGGAGACAUGCCCUUUGAACAUGAUGUACCAGGAGUGUGGAAGCCCCUGUAUAAAUACCUGCUCCAACCCACAGGCGAACCAGCAUUGUGAGGAACACUGCACUGAUGGAUGCUUCUGUCCUGCUGGAACUGUGUUUGAUGACAUUAAUCAGAGUGGCUGUGUAGCUGUGGACCAGUGCUCUUGUCUCCACAACGGAAUGUCUUACAAGCCUGGAGAUACAUACUCUAGAACAUGCCAAGAAUGUACCUGCAAGGGUGGCCAGUGGAGCUGUGUAGGUCUGGACUGUCCAGGUACCUGCUCCAUAGAGGGAGGUUCCCACAUCACCACCUACGACGGGAAAGCCUACACCUUCCAUGGAGACUGCUCCUAUGUCCUGUCCAAGCAAAUCUAUGGGAGUGUUUUCACCGUCCUGGGUGACAUAGAGAAAUGUGAGACAACAGACACUGAGACCUGCCUAAAGGGUGUAACCCUGGUGAUUCCACAGUCCAAGAUGAUCGUCAUUGAGGCCAGUGGAACCGUCAGUAUGGACAAAAUGUUAUCAAGGUUGCCCAUCGUCAUGGAGAAUGUAACGAUCUUCAAGCCCUCUACGUUUUACAUCGUUGUGCAGACCUCUUACGGGCUUCGUCUGGAGAUCCAGUUAACACCUAUAAUGCAGGUAUACAUCACAGCUAGCAGUUCCCUUAAAGGAAAAACCCAGGGUCUUUGCGGAGACUUUAACAGCGUCCAAGCCGAUGACUUUAGAACCAUCAACGGACUGGUGGAAGGAACGGCUGUGACAUUUGCCAACACAUGGAAGACCCAAGCAAGCUGCCCCGAUGUGACCCAGAGCUUUGAGAACCCAUGCUCUCUGAGUGUAGAGAAUGAGAAAUAUGCCAAGCAUUGGUGCUCAAUGCUAUCUGAUGCUGCAGGAAUAUUUUCUGAAUGCCACAGUGAGGUCCACCCAGAUCCCUACCAAGCAAAUUGCAUGUAUGACAGCUGUAACUGUGAGAAGACUGAGGAGUGCAUGUGUGCAGCAAUCUCCUCCUACGUCCACGCCUGUGCUGCUGCUGGCAUCCUGCUGACAGGAUGGAGAAACACCACCUGUGGAAAUUACGCUCAGUGCCCUGACACGAUGGUGUAUGACUACGAUAUGACCAGCUGUGGUCGCACCUGUCGCUCGCUAAGCCAAAAGGACUUUACCUGCCAGGUAGAACACGUGUCUGUGGAUGGUUGUGGCUGUGCUGAGGGAACCUACAUUAAUGACCAGGAAGAAUGCGUCCCUGCCUCAGGCUGCCCCUGCUACUAUGGAGACAAGGCCCUGGACCAAGGAUUUACCAGUAUCAAUGGGGCCCCUUGUUCAUGCAGAAAUGGGGUAUUAAGCUGUACUGGAGAAGUAACUCCUUCAUCCUGCGAAGGUCCAAUGGUUUUCUUCAACUGCUCCAAUGCUGCACCAGGUGCCAAAGGCUCAGAGUGUCAGAAGAGCUGCCGAACAAUAAACCAUGACUGUUUCAGUAAAGUGUGCCUGUCAGGCUGUAUGUGUCCUGAUGGUCUGCUGUCUGAUGGGAAUGGAGGAUGUGUCAAGGAGGAGCUUUGUCCCUGUUCUCACAAUGGAGUCGACUACCAACCUGGGGACAAAAUUAAAAUAAAAUGCAAUAAUUGCACUUGCAGUGGAAGCAAUUGGGAUUGCACCAAUAACGUGUGUCCCGGGACGUGUGCCAUAUAUGGAGAUGGUCAUUACAUCACAUUCGAUGAGAAAAGGUUUAAUUUCAAUGGAGACUGUGAAUACACUCUAGCUCAGGACUACUGUUCCAACAAUCUAAACGGAACCUUUAGAGUGAUCACACAGAACAUUCCCUGUGGAACUACCGGCACAACCUGUUCCAAGGCCAUCAAGCUCUUCUUGGGGAGCAAAGAGAUUAUACUACAAGAUGAAGUUGUAAAAGUGGUGAGACUGCAGGAGACUGGGAUAGAUGUGGACUUCAAGGUCCACACUGUUGGUCUGAAAAUUGUUAUUGAGGCUGGAAAUGGUCUGAUUCUAAUGUGGGAUAAGGGAACAAGCCUGUUCAUCAAACUCGACUCUAAAUUCAAGGGACAACUGUGUGGUCUGUGCGGAAACUACGACGGAAAUGGGAAUAAUGACUUCACGUCCAGAAACCAGGAAGUGGUUGUGGAAGCGCUGGCAUUUGGCAACAGCUGGAAAGUGUCUCCCGGUUGCCCCAACGCUGUUGACAUAAGGGACCCGUGCACCGUGAGGUCGUACAGGCAGUCCUGGUCUCUGAAACACUGCAGCAUCAUCAAGAGUCCAGUAUUCGCAGACUGCCACUCCCAGGUGGACCCCACCCCAUAUCAUGAUGAGUGUGUCAGGGACUCGUGUGCCUGUGACACUGGGGGAGACUAUGAGUGUUUCUGUACAGCUGUAGCAGCCUACGCCCAGGCCUGUAACGAGGCGGGGACCUGCAUACGCUGGAGAACGCCAGACAUCUGCCCUCUAUUCUGUGAUUUCUACAACCACGAUGGGGAGUUUGAGUGGCACUAUGAGCCUUGUCGUUACCCCUGUAUGAAGACCUGCCAGAAUCCAGAAGGAACAUGCUCAAAACAGAUCCCUGCACUGGAAGGUUGCUAUCCAAAAUGCCCUUCGGACCAGCCUUAUUUGGAAGAAAGCACUAUGAGAUGUGUCACUGAGCCAGAGUGUGGUUGCUAUGACGGAAAAGGAAAUCAUUACAAGGAUCAGGAGGUUAUGCCUUCUGACAAGAACUGUUAUACAUGUCGCUGCUCAUCAACUAAAACCCUUUGCACCCCCGACAAGAACGCUUGCAAGUGUUUCCACAAGGGCACAACAUACCCAUAUGGAGCGACCGUGCAUACAGAUAACGGGGAUGGGACCUGUACUAAUGGCACCUGCACAGAAACCGGAAUCACUGACUUCAUUACCUACAGCUGUGGUUGCUUUUAUAACGGAACAACCUACCCAGUUGGAGCUACCAUAUAUACUACAUAUUAUAGUGAUGGAUCCUGUGUUCAGGCCAUAUGCGAAAUUGAUGGAACACAUCAAUAUCUCGAGAGAAUAUGUCAAGUCGUCCCAUUUACACCCGCAACAACUACCCCAUCAACUACCACAGAAACAACUACACCCCUAACAUCUACCCCUGCCACAACUACCACAGGAAUAACUACACCCACAACAUAUACCCAUACCACAACCCCAUCAACUACCAUAGAAACAACUACACUACUAACAUCUACCCCUUCCACAACCCCAUCAACUACUACUACGGAAAAAACUACAUCCCCAACAUCUACACCUACCAUAACACUAUUAACUACUACUACAGAAACAACUUCAUCCCCAACAUCUACCCCUUCCAUAACCCCAUCAACUACCACAGGAAUAACUACACCCCCAACAUCUACCCCUACCAUAACCCCAUCAAUUACCACAGAAACAACUACACCUCCAACAUCUACCCCUACAGGUACCUCAACGACUCCUCUUACACCCUGUCAGCCUGGUUGUCACUGGUCAGGUUGGAUUGACACUAACUAUCCCAAAUUUGGACCAGGUGGAGGAGAUUAUGAAAUUCUCGAAAAUAUUGUCAAAUCUCAUCCUAGUAUUUGCAGCAAACCUGAGAACAUAGACUGCAGAGCCAAAAAAUUACCAGAUACUCCUUUAAAUAAGUUGGGUCAAAAGGUUACAUGUGAUCCUGGGGUCGGACUGAUUUGCAACAACAAGGAUCAAGAAGUAACACCAAUAUGCUACAACUAUGAGAUCAGAGUCAGUUGUUGUAGUAUUUGUCACACAACAACCCCACCAACUACUACUCCAGUUACAACAACACCCCCAACAACUACCCGAACCACAACCCCAUCAACUACAAUGACAGAAACUACUUCAUCCCCAAAAUCUACCCCUAACACAACUCCAACAACAAAUACGAUAACAACUACACCCCCAACAUCUACCCCUACCAUAACCCCAUCAACUACUACUACAAUGACAAACCCAACAGAAACACUUACCAUAACCCCAUCAAUUACCACAGAACCAAAUACACCAACAUCUACCUCUACCAUUACCCCAUCAACUACAACUACAGAAACGACUACAUCCCCAAAAUCCACCACUAUAACAACAUCAAUUACAACUACGAUAACAACUACACCCCCAACAUCUACCCCUACCAUAACAAACAACUACAUCAACAUCUAUACCUACCAUAACCCCAUCAACUCUUCAUCCCCAACAUCUACCCCUACCAUUUCCCCAUCAACUACCACAGAAACAACUACAUCCCCAACAUCUACUCCUACCACAACCCCAUCAACAACCACAGAAACAACUACAUACCCAACAUCUACCCCUACCAUAACACCAUUGACUACUACUACAGAAACAACUACAUCCCCAACAUCAUCCCCUACCAUAACCCCAUUAACUUCCACAGAAACAACUACACCACUAACAUCUACCCAUUCCAAAACCCCAUCAACUACCACAGAAACAACUACAUCCCCAACAUCUACCCCUACCAUAACACCAUUAACUACUACUACAGAAACAACUACAUCCCCAACAUCUAAGCCUACCAUAACCCCAUCAACUAAAGCUACGGUAACAGCUACACACCCAACAUCUACCCCUACCAUAACCCCAUCAAUUACUACAGAAACAACUACACCCACAACAUAUACCCAUACCACAACCCCAUCAACUACCACAGAAACAACUACACCCCCAACUUCUACCCCUACCAUAACCCCAUCAAUUACUACAGAAACAACUACACCCACACCAUAUACCCAUACCACAACCCCAUCAACUACCACAGAAACAACUACACCACUAACAUCUACCCCUUCCACAACCCCAUAUACUACCACAGAAACAACUACAUCCCCAACAUCUACCCCUACCAUAACACCAGUAACUACUACUACAGAAACAACUUCAUCCCCA